CCAGACGGAGCAGUUCGCUGUGAUGUGGAUCCUUUUCAUCUCCAUCGUGGUGGGCAACGUGGCGGUCAUCAUCGCGCUGCUCCUCUCCAAGACUCGCAAAUCCAGAACCAACUUCUUCAUCAUGCAUUUAGCGCUGGCCGAUCUGUCAGUGGGGCUCAUCAGUGUUCUCACGGACAUCGUCUGGAAGAGCACCGUAUCCUGGAACGCGGGGAACAUCGCUUGCAAGACGGUGAGAUUCGCCCAGGUGCUGGUGACGUAUUCCUCCACUUACGUGUUGGUUGCUCUCUCCAUCGACCGCUACGACGCCAUUACCCACCCCAUGAACUUCUCCGGCAGCUGGAGACGGGCGCGGCGGUUGGUUGCGGGCGCCUGGGUUCUGUCCGCUAUCUUUGCCUCACCCAGCCUCGUUUUCUUCAUGGAGACUUCAGUGGACGGCGUGAUGCAGUGCUGGAUCGACUUCCCCAAGCUGUGGCAGUGGAAGUUGUACAUGACCCUGGUGGCACUCACGGUUUUUCUCUUCCCCACCGUGAUCAUCGCCGCCUGUUACGCCGUCAUCGUCUACACAAUCUGGUCCAAGGGGAAGGUGAUGACUGUCACCACCAAAGCUCUCGGCGCCCGCAACGGCGAGAAGCGAGGCGCCAAUCCUGACGAUGACUCUCGGCGCGCCAGCUCCCGCGGGCUCAUCCCCAAGGCCAAGAUCAAGACUGUUAAGAUGACCCUCGUGAUCGUCUUCGUGUUCAUCCUGUGCUGGUCACCGUACAUAGUCUUUGAUCUCCUACAAGUCUACGGAUACGUGCCACAGACCGCCACCAACAUCGCCGUCGCCACCUUCAUCCAAUCCCUGGCGCCCCUCAACUCUGCAGCCAAUCCCAUCAUCUACUGCCUUUUCUCCACCCAUAUAUGUCGCAACCUCAGGUGGGGAGGAUGGGGAAGAAUCCCAGCGGUGGAGUGGGUGGUGGUGCGCUUCUUCCCCUGUCUGGAGUGCUCGCGGCAGCCCCUGGAACCGCGCCACACCCUGCACCGCUACGGUACAGACUACACGAGUGUGAGUGACGCCUCCACGCGACGCCACACCGCCAACUCCGUCAGGUACACUGCAAGCACCUCCACAGCCUCCACCGCCUCGCCGGACCCGAAGCCGCCCGACUCCACCCGCAACGGCCUCAGCCAGUCCCCCGCGGCGGCCAAGGGCGAGGCAGGGAGUACCAGCAAGUGCGCCACGCCCGCGAGCUGAACAAGCCAGCACCGCCCUCCCGCCCUCCCGCCUCCACCCACGACGAGCACCUCACCACAGAGAUGCUCACGUACCCCACCCAGAGGCGCCACCACCUCCUCGUGCGCGGCUCCGUGGUCUAGAGCAGCGGGGGAGGGAGGUACGGGCGAGCUUGACGUCCGUGGAGGAGUGGCAGUGGUUGGGGUGGCGAGUUAUAGUGAAGGACAAGAAGUUCCAAGGAUGUUCACUACUGUCGCCCGCUACCCGAUGUCUUGCAGUGCGCUUGCUGGUGAGUUCCGUGUUUGUGGUGAAGGGAAAGGACCUCUUCUGCUCGACAGCUGAGGGGGCAGUAUCGCCGUCAUUGUCGUUCUCAUCUUCGUCGUCGUGUAGUUGUCGUAUCUCAAUGGUCGUACAGGCGUGAAGAACAUGCGCCCCGUCCCCGCCCCCCUCCCUAACUUGAUUGAUUCACCUGUCUACGUACCAUUCCUGUCGUUUUCAUACCACCACGAGUAACCAGCCACCAUCACUACUACUCGUAUUGUCGCCAUGCAGCCGCCAUCACCCUCCUUACACGACUAUACUCAAGUCAGCCAGUGUCGUCGUCCUGUGGUCCUGUUCUAGUCGUCUCCUGACCCAACGAACGGCGCCUUCAUCCCAGCACGCCAUGUUUUCAACCCAGUUUUCCAUUUUAUCUUCAUGUGUUUACGAAUGGCAGGAACUGUAAAGGUGACUGUAACUUACCUGCCUCAAUUUCCCCUUUGAGAAUAUCACCUGAAUGGAUCGGAAAGCAGGACGAGACUGAGACCUUGGUGUGGUUCAGUAACGGAUGAAGUUAUGUUAAGUUAAUGAGAGGUGUACGUAUGUGUAAUUAUAUUCUUCAGCAGGUCACUUCAGGCCGGAGUAAGAUAGGAGCUAGUGAGUGACCGAGCCAGUCAGUCAGUCAGUCAAUCAGUCAGUCAGUCAGUCGUUCGUUGAGUCGUAUUGUGUUGUGAAGGAGAUAAGAAAUCAGUGAGGUCCUUGCGAGGUCAAGCUAGGUCAGGUCAUCCUUAUUGUUUUAGGGUGUAAGAUUAUACGUUAUAUGUGACCUUGCCACAACCAUUACCACUACCACAACCCUUUCCUUGGUCAACCACACACACACACACACACACACACACACACACACACACACAAGAACAGCAGCAUCAGCCCUGCAAUACGUAAAGUAACAUCAGAAACAAACCAGUGUCAGUGUCCAUGAUAUGAUGUCCCCGUUGUGUUAAAAGUAACCGCAGUGUUCAUGGAAACGACAUCAAGACGUGACCCAAGGGAAGAGAGGAGAGAACCCAGGAGAGACAGAAAGAACACAGGAACACAAGGACACAAAAAGCACCGAUGGACUUCAGACGCAAGAGGAAGGUGCUGUCCAUUAAGUGACGUUCAGCAGGGCCUUUCUUUGGGUCCUCCUCUGUUUGGGCAACGUGUGCGUGUGUUUGUUAUUGGUGAACUGUGAAACAAUUAUGCUCUCUCAUUCUUUCUCUCUCAUUUUAAUUUUGUACGCGUAUUUUAUUAUUAUUCUUGUUAUUGUGAUUAUUAUUGUCACGUAGAGAAGUGAGUAUCCAUUCAUUCAUUAAUUUAUUCACUUAUUCAUAUAUAUUAUGAAGAUGAAGAGGAGACUGAGUAAGAGUGUGUGCGUGUGUGUGUGUGUGUGUGUGUGUGUGUGUGUGUGUGUAUGUGUAUGUGUGACUCAAAGACGUAACAAGAACGUUAAUAGUAAUGAAGAUGAUGAUAAUGUUGAUGAUAACUAUUAUUAUUAUUAUUAUUAUUAUUAUUAUUAUUAUUAUUAUUAUUAUUAGAGUAAAAUGUGAAUGAGCAAGAAGAAAAUAAUAGGACACGUUACUUUAUUAUCGUUAUUAUUAUUAUUAUUAUUAUUAUUAUUAUUAUUAUUAUUAUUAUUAUUAUUAUUAUUAUUACUAUUACUAUUAUUAUUGUUAUUACUGUUAUCAUUAUUACUAUCACUGUACAACUAUCACAUUACUCUUCCCUACAUCCCGUCUUCAAAUAAAUAUAUCAAUUAUAUAUAUAUAUAUAUAUAUAUAUAUAUAUAUAUAUAUAUAUAUAUAUAUAUAUAUAUAUAUAUAUAUAUAUAUAUAUAUAUAUAUAUAUAUAUAUAUAUAUCCAUACACACAAAAAAGAAAGGAAACAUGUAUAUUAAUGUUAUCUGAUGUGGUCCGUCCACGCCUCACUCCCAGUACCACAACCCUUUAAACCCCGAAACCAAACAUCCUGUUCACCUCAAAAAAGUACAGAUGCCAUAGUAAGUUAUGUCACGUACAAAAUGCAAUAGAUAAAAAAAUAAGUAUCAAUUACCUCCAUCUGUCACAUCCCAAAUUCUUGGUCUUUGCGGAGCUCAAUUCACGAGUCUAUACAUUGAUUCCCGUUUGACUUGUAAGCAGGAAAUACACUGGACUGAUUGACAUCACUUCUUAGGCACUUGUACCUUGUCCUCCCUUCCUCCUUCCCCCCUCCUCGUCCCUCAGCCAGGCAUUAAGCAGGGUGAUAAACUCCAUCUGGAAAUAAGUCUAUCUUCUCGUCCACUUGUCUGUCCUUUCUCUUCACACUUCUCAACUUUCACAUCUUCAUUCUUUACUUGCGCCGCGCGUGUGUGUGUGUGUGUGUGUGUGUGUGUGUGUGUGUGUGUGUGUGUGUGUGUGUGUGUGUGUGUGUGUGUGUGUGUGUGUGUGUGUUCUCUCUGUUGAUUUGUCAUAAUAUUGCUUUCUCUCUCUCUCUCUCUCUCUCUCUCUCUCUCUCUCUCUCUCUCUCUCUCUCUCUCUCUCUCUCUAUCUAUCUAUCUAUCUAUCUAUCUAUCUAUCUAUCUAUCUACCUAUCUAUCUACGAGUAUAUCUGUCUAUCUAUAUCUAUAUCUAUCUAUUUAUCUACCUAGCAUGUAAAAAUGCAAUUAGGCCUUCGCUCGCUGGCAUCUAUUAGACCAAAUCUUGUAUAAAUAAAUGAAUAAAUACUAUAGCACCCUUCAAUGAAUACAAAUUAUAUACUCAAAGUCUAUUUUUUGUAAUGUGUACACUGUAAUACAACCUACUUCUAUUACUUCUACUGUAUGUAUGUCUGUAUUUAUGUCAUAAGCGAUAUUUAUAUACAUGUAGUACUUAUUACUCGUCAUGAAGUAUGUAUAACUGAGAAGUAUACGUACACGGCGCCAGAUGAUGUAUACAUACGUCAAACAUAUACGUACAUGUGUGUGUUGUCUGUCCCUUCACUCCCCCGUCACCCUCAACACUUCCCCAGACCCAUGAAAUAAAAAGCAAUGUUC